GCAUCUGCUUUGGCUCUUUCCUUCGCUACAGCCAAUUACAUCCUGGAUCAAUAUCAGAGGGUGUGGAGAGAGCGGGCCAGCCCUUUGCCACACAAUUCAGUGGAUCAGUGAGGAAGCAAAAGAAAGGCACAAGGAAACUGGGUUGUGCCGAGUCUCUAGCUGCUGAAAAAGCCCUCGGGAUUCUUGUAGGUUGCUGCUGAUGGUGAUGCUGCAGCACGUGGAAGAGGGGAAAGGGGCAAAUGUUUUGCCCACUGCAGCAUCCCUUCACCCUGUCACACAUCUAAAAUAUGACCUGUGGCUUUGGAUGCUUAGUUAAAUGAUCUCUGGCAAGCAUUUUGUGCUUUCUGAUGAGGCCUCUUGCUUGUCUGCAAGCCUGCAGACAAAGUAUACCACUAGGAGUCAUGACCUUUUGCCUGAUGGCUGAGUGGGCCUUCCAAGCCGAAGGACAGGAAGUAUCAUUGAGAGUCCCUCAACCCAACGUGAACACCACGGUGGAAAAGGACAUUUUGCUAUCCAUUGCCUAUGCUUGUGAAAGUAGCCCCAUCAUUGAGUGGAAGCACACAUCUCCCAGGGGCACCAAGAAAAUAGCGGAGUGGAAACCGGGAAGUUAUACCAACAUUUCCAGGGGGUUUGAAGACAGAGUGAAUGUUUAUGAAAAUGGUUCCCUCCAGCUGUUGAAGGUGGAUCUGAGAGACUCCGGUUAUUACUUGGUCACAGUGAGAGACGAGUUUGGAAUCACUGUCUAUGGCACCAUCCUGCUAAAUGUUUAUGAGAUUCUCUAUGAAGACUUGCAUUUCGUAGCUGUCUUCUUGGCCUUCCUCACAGCGGCAUCUGCCAUUUUGGUUUGCCUUCUGUGGAUGUGUAAUAAAUCAAUUCAUGUGCUUCAGAAGGAAAGACAACAGCUCAAAGCAAGCACCACUGAAGAGACAGAGCUGCAAAUGAUGGAUAUUAGCUAAGGACCGUUUAAAGAAGGAAGUCCACUUUCUAUCUGAAAACAAGGAUCAAAAAAGGCCAAAAUAAUAUCUCCUACAUUUUUAUUGCAGGAUUUUUUUUGUCGUGAAAAAGAUAACAAUGCUGAACUGGAGGGAAUAAACAUUUCCAAUGGAUUUCUCCUAAGGGGACAGAAGACUUUUGCUGUCUAAUUUGCAUGUACUUCAGCCACUUAUCUCUGGAUUGAUAAUGUUGGUAACAUUACUGGGGAUUUUAAAAGUGCUAGAUAUGCACCCAGAAGGGCCUUGAAUAUGGCAGUGGAGACUGCAGCAUUU